AUGGAAGUAGAUAGAAAGGGUAAUGCCGUUUCAUGGAAAUCUCUAAGGUUGUCGGAUAAGUUCUCUGUGGCUCUUGGAGAUUCUGGUCGGAGCUCUGAAUUGAGGCAAAAGAAGACAUGUCGUCAGUCUUCUCUCUUCUUAUGGAGAAGGCUUACUAAAGAUGAAGCAAGAGAGCUAUAUUUCUUACACCGUGUGAGAAUCUUGGAAUUGCGUCUGAGCACGUGGGCAUGGGAAGAGAUGCCGAAUCCUGCAAAUCACUUUACCUUGCAGCCUCUUCUUAGCAAGCCUCUUCUUCUUCUGAUCAACUUGAGAAUCUUCUUGAACCCUAGAAACUUCCCGCUCUCCUCAGACUUGAUCAGUUUAUCAAGACCCAUGAUUCUCCAGCAACCCGAUUCGGAUCCAUCGGUUUUACCACAAGCCUCUGUUCGGCGUUUGACGAAGACGAAGUAG